GAGUGCGGGUGUCUGGUUACUCCCUCUCUCCAGCGAGCAGGAGGGCUGACACAGACUGAGAGAGAGAGCUGAACCUCUCGGGCUGGAAGGGUGACUCGGCUUCCCAAAGGAACCGAAAACGCGCUGCCUAUUUUCAGCUGCGUCAAAGAUCCUGUCAGUUUACGCGCAGUCUGCAAGUUUUUACGCAUUAGAAUUUAAGGAGAACCCAAGGAGUGCGGGUUACAUUUUUUUUUAAUGGAGAUGAUGGACCUUACGGUCGAAGUAGUUCGUAUAAAGUAAAACCUGUUGCCAGUUCGACCCGGGCUGGUUUUCCAUUUCAGGUUUGCUGGUGGAUGUGAUGCUGGACUCUUGUUUGCGCACUGGCUGGUAGUUGGAGCGAAGUUUGAAGUUAUAGGCCACUUAUUUAGGAGGCAGCAUGCAUGUGUCUCUAGCUGAGGCGCUGCAGGUGAGAGGAGGGCCGCUGCAGGAGGAGGAGGUCUGGGCCGUCCUGAACCAGAGCGCAGAGAGCCUGCAUGAACUCCUCCGCAGAGGUUCGACAGAUCCGUCUGUGUUGGGGUUUAUCAUCUCUCCAUGGUCGCUGCUGCUCAUGCCUUCCGGAAACAUCUCUUUCACGGAUGAAAAUGUCACACAGAAGGAUCUGCGGGCUUUCACUCCUCCAGAGGUGCUGGAGGGCCUCAACCUCUCCUCACUUUCUGAUAUGGAAAAGAUGCACAUGUAUUCACUUGGCAUGACGUUGUUUUGGGGUGCAGACUAUGAGAUUCCUCAGAGCCAGCCAAUGAAACUUGGAGAGCAUCUGAACCGCGUCCUGCUCAACAUGUGUGAUGAUUCCACGCUCACCCGACUGUCCGUACGCUCGGUUCUGGACACCUGCGGCGCUCACAUCCGUAACUCCAACUGUGACCCUUCGUUUUCUUACGUCAGGAGGCUGGUGAGACUCGUUCUUGGCAGUCUCUCGCAGCUGGACGGUCUGUUGUCUCAAAGUGAAAGGGAGUCACUUCCAGAGAGAAGCAAAGAGAUUCGUGAACGGCUGCGAGGAAAAGGCCUUCCAGCAGGCCGUAGUGCCGCCCAUCGUGUGCUGGAGCGUUAUAGAGCCCGAACCCAGGAGCAGGCCAACCUGAACCGUGGACUCAGUCGCUCUAUGGGCUCUCUUCCCAUCCAGGACCUUGUCAGAGCGGACGAGGGUCUCAGUCAGUACCCCCCUUCAGAGUACCACGCUGGGUCCGAAUCCUCUGCCGAACUGUACCAGCAGCGCCAACAACAACAACUGCAGCAGCGCGGCCGACCCAUGGAGGUGAACCAGCGUUCACACCCCCAUCAGAGAAACAAAAGCUGGGCCUCCUCAGCAGACCUGGCCUGCCUUGACCCGGACAUGCUCCGCUUUGGGGCCCUGGAAGACGCCCGCAGGGGCAGCAGCGCUCUGAGCACACGCUCGGCCGGUCGACACAAGUCGUCUUCCAAGUCCGGGGACUCUCGCUACGUGGACUUUGGGAGCCUAGAUGUCAGGAAGGCCCAUCACCAUUCGAGUCAGUCCGUCGGCUCAGCGUUCAACAGCGCUUACGACCGCAUCAGAAAGAAGCAUAAGAAACUGCAAGCGCUCAAACAGGCCAUGGAUGAUCCGCUGCAUACUCACAGAAGAUACCACAGCGACUACAGCUCCUCCAGCGAAAGCCCCUCAGUGACAUCAUCAGACCCCGACUACAGACAAGCUAAGAAGCCAGAAGAUUUGAGGCGAUACAGCUCUCAGGUCGGCCUGGCAGAACAUGAUGGCGUUUCGCUCAGCAGUGCACAGAGACACAGGUAUUCUCUCUUUUUCUCUGUUUCCUGCUUUGUGUUGAUCAGUCAUGCACGUCCUAAUUUGUUUGGCCCUGAGUUUGUGAGGAUGAGCAGCGAGCCAACUGUGGUUUUAACCGUUCCUUCAUCCAUAAUGAACAAGCGUGGGAAGGUGGAGGAGAGUCAGAGGAAGGUGGGAUUGGUCUUGCUGAAUGGGCAGAAGUUGGAGCUGUGUUGCGAUGUGAAGGCGGUCUGUAAGGACGUUUUGGACAUGGUCGUAGCUCACAUUGGACUGGUGGAGCACCAUCUAUUCAGUCUCGCCUACCUUAAAGAUGACGAGUUCUUCUUCGUUGAACCUGAUGCCAAACUUUCAAAGGUGGCGCCUGACGGAUGGAAGGAUGACCCGAGGAAAAAGAAGACUGAUGUCAAUUUUAAUCUUUUUCUGCGUAUCAAGUUCUUUCAGGAUGAUAUCAGUCUGAUACAACAUAUGAUGACCAAACACCAGUACUACUUGCAGCUACGGAAGGAUAUACUAGAGGAGCGGGUGCGCUGUGACCUGGAAAAUGCCAUGAUCUUGGCAUCUCUGGCACUGCAGGCGGAGUUUGGGGACUAUCAGACUGAGCUCCACGGAAGGACAUAUUUCCGGACGGAACACUACCUCCCUGCUUCGGUUCUGGAUAAGAUCGAUCAGACCACCAUUAAAGAAGAGCUACCCAAACUCCACAGCUUGUACUACAACGCUUCGGAGCAGGAGGCCGAGCUUGAGUUCCUCAAGGUGUGCCAGAGACUGUCGGAAUAUGGAGUUCACUUCCAUCGUGUGCAUCCAGAGAAGAGAUCCCUGACUGGCAUCAUGCUGGGCAUUUACUCGAAGGGUGUCCUCAUCUUCGAGGUUCUGAAUGGAAAUCGAACCCCUGUGCUAAGGUUCCUCUGGAGGGAUACCAAGAAGAUCUCUUUCACGAAAAAGAAGAUUUGCUUGCAGAACACUUCAGAUGGGAUCAAGCAUCUGUUUCAGACAGACAGUCAGAAGACCUGCCAGUAUCUGCUGCACCUGUGCUCGGCCCAGUACAAAUUCCACCUGCACAUGAAAGCCAGACAGAACAACCAAGAACUGCAAGACCUAGAGAACUCUCCUCUGAGCAGUCUGCAGUACUCUGACGGGAUGGGCGCAGUUAGUCUGUCCCCUAGCACAGACCCCGAACUCUACAAGAGGAUGUCCUACUCUGAGAUCUCCCUCAGCAAGAGUUUGAGUCGGAUCUCUGUUCCACCUGAGCCACCCUAUCAGGGGUUCAGCAGCAGCUCCAACCCCAGGAUGAAGAGUCGUUCCCAUCAUAACCUGGGUCAGCUGCCUGAGUCACCAGAGCACAGGAUGGUGCCUUUCAGUAGCCAAUCACAGAGCGGCAUGCCACGAUCACAAGUGCUUGCAUCAACACACCAACGUGCAAGCUCCGACACAGACUCCAUUGCCGUCGCCAGACAACAGGAAGGCGCCACGGUCGAUGACAGUCCCCGCUGGAGCCCCGAAAGCUUGAAGAAAGGGUCCGACUCUUCCUCCUGUGAGGACACGGGACAGGCGUAUGUCGUAGGUGUGAGCAUGCACAGCUCUGGAGUGCCCUCUACUCCUGCUUCCUCCAUAGGAAUCACUGACUCCCUGAAGAAGAAAGUAAAUGCCUUAACCUCCCCAGAGCGAGAGAUACAGACCGUAAAUCUGAAGAAAGACGUCAAGUAUGGGCUGGGCUUUCAGGUCGUAGGCGGAGAGAAUUCUGGCCGUCAGGACCUCGGCACCAUCAUCAGCUCCAUCACACCAGGUGGACCAGCAGAUAUCAACGGCUGUCUGAAACCAGGUGACAGGCUGUUGAGCGUGAAUGAUUUCAGUCUGGAGAGCCUAUCACAUGACACUGUGGUGGAGAUUCUGCAGAACGCCCCUGAUGAUGUCACACUGGUGGUCUCUCAACCUAAAGAGAGACUGUUUCCAGACUCUCCUUCAGGAAUCCAUCAUUAUAAAUCAGCCUCACAAAAUCAGGAAGUAGACGUCGACUCUUCCUCUGAAGAUCAUACAUGCUCCCCCAGCCCUCCUCCUGUCUCCAGCAAGACAUCUCCACCUCAGUCCAUUCGACAGGGGAGCGUCAGUUCGCAGGACUCCAGGACCGAGAGUGCCAGCCUCCUGCAAACGAAUCUCAAUGGAUUCCAUCGCAACAUUCCCACUGAGGGUCCCGCACCCGCGCAGUCGCUCGCCGCUGACAGCAAACCCUCUGUUGAAGCUACACCACCAGCUUUGCCCCCUAAAACCAGAAAAUCCAAAGUGCCGGACGUUCCUAAAGAGCUGGAAUACUCAGACAGAGGGGAUUCGGACAUGGAUGAAGAUACAUACUCAAGUAGCCAAGAGAAACAUAAGACUAAAAAGGGCGUUUCUCCCAACAUCGUCACGGAGACUUUAAGUGCUAGUAGCCCAGAAGUCAAUAGCCUCCAGCCUGGAGAUCUAUUUGACGUUGAGCUGUCCAAAAUAGACAGCAGUCUGGGCAUUAGUGUCACGGGUGGAUCAAACACAACAGUGAGGCAUGGAGGGAUAUACGUCAAAGGUGUCAUUCCUAAAGGAGCAGCUGAGCUGGAUGGGAGGAUAAAGAAAGGAGAUCGUGUGGUGGCUGUGAAUGGGAAGAGCCUUGAAGGAGCGUCUCACAAACAGGCAGUAGAGAUGUUGAGAGACACUGGCCAGAUGGUGCAUCUAUUGAUGGAGAAAGGUCAGCCCCCAAAAGACAGCAUUCAUGCCCCUCUGACUCCGCAAGUCACUUCUGAACCUCAGAACGCAGCCGUGGAGGAACCGCCGCUGCCGCCACCACCACCACCACCACCAAAGAAAGCAGAAUACAACUUCAUUACACCAGAUAACACAUUUGAUGUGGGUUUGCUGAAGAACACGUCCGGUCUGGGCUUCAGUUUCAGCCGUGAGGAGAACAUUCCCGGAGAGCCUGUGGGCUCCAGCAUGGUCCGGGUCAAGAAGCUGUUUCCAGGGCAACCAGCAGCUGAAAGUGGCUGCAUCGAAGUGGGUGACGUCAUUCUGCGUGUCAAUCAGACGUCACUCAAAGGACUGUCACAACAUGAGGUGAUCUCUGCUCUGAGGGGCACAGGACCGGAGGUGACCCUUCACUUGUGUAGACCUGCACCAGGGGUCUUACCUGAGAUGGACCCUGCCAUUAAAACUCCCGUACCCUCUCCACGAAAAGAACCCCGUCCCAAGCCCCAGCCUGAUCCCAAGGCGAGCUCCCCGCCUCAGACGGAGUGCCCUCGGGGGGUGGGUGCUGUGGAAGAGGCUCUGGAGAGGCUGAUGCUGAAGUCGCCCAGUCGCAGAGACAGUUACAGCGACAGCACAGACAACGAUGAGCUGGAGGAGGCCUUCAGCCCCACCAACCUGGAGCAGGCCAGUCAAGCCUGGGACCGGAGUGUCUACCAGACCCCCAUGGGAAGACUCCCAGACGAGGCCAAUAUGGAUGACACCGUACGAUCAGCUUAUUACUCACCCAGACAGUCCAUGUCUAGACCGGAUGUUAGCAGAAGUGAUUUGGACAGUUCUGCAGUUCGUGUAUCAUCUUCUCCAGCCCUGUCUGAGAUUGGGAUCCUGAGCCCCAGUCCAGACCCUCUUCCUCCACCACUGCCAAACCUGCUUAACCUCUGUUUGCCAGAUCACGGCCAGGAGGACAAGUUCAUUCCUGAGGUGGAGCUGAAGGUUUCUCUGGUGAAGUCUGAUAAAGGAAGUUUAGGUUUCACUCUUACCAAAGGGAAUGACAACAAUUGUUACAUCCAUGACAUUAUCCAGGACCCUGCUAAAGGAGAUGGCCGACUGCGUCCAGGGGAUCGCAUGAUAAUGGUCAAUAACACAGAUGUGUCUGGCAUGAAUCACACCGAGGUGGUCAACCUGGUGCGUGCCGCCCCCAAAGUCGUGGACAUCGUGGUCGGCCGCAUUCUAGAACCUCCCAAACCCCCAAUAGAGGCCCACCUCCUUCCUGACAUCAUAUUUCAGUGCCACGACGAGUCCUUAGGUCUUGUUCUCGAUGGAGGAAGUGACAGUGGGUUGGGCGUGCUGUACAUAAAGGACAUCAUCCCAGGAUCCGUAGCCUCUGCAGAAGGCAGUUUGAGGCACUUGGAUAUCAUACAUUAUAUCAAUGGCGCUCCGACGCAGGAUCUGACCUUGAGCGAGAGCCGCAGACUACUGCAGCUGUCACUGAGGAAUCUGAGUCUCAAAGCCACCAGGGAUGGGAAGCCUGUUUUUCCGGGUGAAGAGCAGAUUUCAUUACUAAACAAUAACAUCAGUCCUAAAGUCUCGCAGAGUAUGAACGGUUAUCUCCAUAGCAACGAUCGUAACGAAUUCGAGGCCCUAUCCGGUAUCUGUCCCGCUGAGGAGCAGAUUGUGAAGCUGCAGUUGGAGAAGCCGCCCGCAGGAGGCCUGGGCUUUUCUGUGAUUGGUGGAGAGAGGGGUAUUUUCGUGAAAUCCAUCACCCCUGGAGGCACUGCAGACACUGCGGGCACAUUGCAAGUUGGCGAUCAUUUACUGAAGGUCAAUGAGGAUCUGAUGAUCGGCGUGUCUCACUCUAAAGCCGUCACCACCAUCCGUAAAGCUAAAGGCUUGGUGCACCUCAUCGUCUCCCGUCCAGCUGACCAAAUGCCCAACACGUACCUGGGCUUUCUGCCUCUCAAAUCCAGCGGUGUAAAUGGCAACAAAGAUGUGAGUGAGGACAGCGGUGUGAAGACAAAAAUCCAGACGCCAUCAGAGCAAAGCAAGACCAACAACCCACCUCCCCUCCCUCCGACAGACUAUGACACAGGCUCUCUAGAGAAAGGGAAGAGAACAGAAGGAAGUGGUGACCUAUCAGAAGACACAGACUGUGACGGCUCAUCUCUGCCGGAAGACUCCCCAGAGACGUCUCGGAAGGCUGAGUGGAAGGAAGAAAAUGUUGAUGACCCACUCAACGACAGUGCACUGCAGUCAUCGUCGGGUCAGCUGGAUGAGGACGAGAUCACAUGGGGGAGUGACGAGCUGCCGAUGGAGAACAUCAACUCUAAAUUUACUGAGGAUGGACCCAUUGUCACUGAGGAAGAGUUGACGUCUCUGCCUCUGGUGAAAGUGGUUCCUGACGGUCAUUACACAUCCGCUAACCUCAACACUAUAGUCCGCAUGAUGAGAGGCCUGCUGGAACAGAAAGUUCCUCUGCAAGAGUUUGAGAACCUGCAGAAUUUGCGCCCCUUGGAUGAUUGUCUGAUUGGUCAGACUAAAGAGAACAAGAAGAAAAACCGAUACAAGAACAUCGUUCCAUUCGACACAACCAGGGUCAUGCUGGGGAAGGAUGGCGGCUACAUCAAUGCCAACUUCAUCAAGAUGCCUGUGAAAGACGAGAACUUCCUGUACAUCGCAUGCCAGGGGCCGCUGCCCACCACGCUGGGGGACUUCUGGCAAAUGGUUUGGGAGCAGAAGUCCAACGUGAUCGCCAUGAUGACGCAGGAAGUAGAGGGGGGGAAGGUGAAAUGUCAGAGGUACUGGCCCGACACGCCCCGCUCGCCCGAGAUGGUGGAUGACCGGCUGCAGAUCACACUGGUCAAAGAUCAGCACCUGGACAACUUUGUCAUCCGGCUCAUAGAAGUCAAAGACAUCCAGACUAAUGAGAUCCAGAGGGUCACUCAUCUGAACUACACAGGCUGGCCUGAUCAUGGAACCCCAACUCAACCAGAACAGCUCCUGACAUUCAUUUCCUACAUGAGACACAUCCACCAAUCAGGGCCCAUCAUCACCCACUGCAGUGCAGGGAUUGGCCGAUCAGGAACGCUCAUCUGCAUAGACGUGGUUCUUGGCCUCAUCAGCAAAGAUGCAGAUUUUGACAUAUCAGAUGUGGUCCGUACCAUGAGACUGCAGAGGCAGGGCAUGGUGCAGACAGAGGAACAAUACAUUUUCUGCUACCAGGUCAUCUUGUAUGUGCUCAGAUGUCUGCAGGCAGAAGAGAAACUCUCAGGAUAAAGCGAGGACCCACUGCCUUCCUGCUCUUCUGACAGUCUCGAGAGAUCAGCUGAAGAUACCAGCGGCUUCAGUCAUCACAAUGUCUGGAAGCAGUUUCUUCGUUUUCCUAUCAGGGGCUUUGACCUCGCCAGAACAAAUUUGUCUUAUGAUGUUUUGGACGUCAGUGACGUGUACAAUUCUUGCAGAAUUUUGUGUAUUCUUAUCGCUUACAUUCUUGACCAUUGGCUGCUAUUUCCUUAAAACCAUUUAUUUUAUAAUUUAUCUUUUUUUCUUUGGUACAAAAAACUGUUUUUAUAGAUUCCUUAAAGAUUUUGGAUCAAAUAAAAAAGAAAUGAAUUCAUAUUUUUUUGUGGUACAAAAUUAUUCUUGUGUAUCUUAAAUGAAAUGAUGCUGGAAAUGACAGAAUACAGACAGUAUUUGCUUUGUAAAUCUUUUAGAAAUCACUGAGUGCCAGUGGUAAUCGAAGACAUUUUAAAGUGUUAUAUUUAGUGUGAUAUUUAUCUUAUGAAAUCUGUUGAUAUGUUUUAAAGCUGUUACAUACUGGACAAUUUGCAAUUUGUAAAUAAAAGAAUAUCAUGCCUUU